UUGAAAAUUGCGAUCUUGAUUGUUUCCCACAUUUGCGCCUUUGAUUGGUUGGUGGGAAAAAAGAUAGGAAAAGAAAAUGAAAAGGAAUUGAACCUUCCUUUUUGUGUCUUUUUUGUUUUUUCUUGUUGGGACUCGAGAAAUCAGAAGUCUCCUGUCCCGAUGACCCAAAUCCGACUGACUGUGGCGUAGUUUUCCCAAACAGAGAGCUAGGGUUUUUAUACAUUUGAUAGCUGUGGGAGAUGGGUUUCAAUUCAGUUUAUCGUGUGUUGCAGGAGGUCUUUCCCCAGGUGGAUACCCGCAUGCUGAGGGCUGUUGCCAUUGAGCACUCAAAGGAUGCUGAUGCAGCUGUGGAGGCUGUUGUUGUGGAGGUUAUCCCAUAUUUAUCCAAAGGAGCCGCGUCGGCCUCUGGAUCUUCCAAUGAAGUAGCUGUGGAAGAUGCAUAUCACCCUGGUUGUACAGAGAAUACCCUUGAAAUGGAUUCAAAAAAUUUGGAUGAGCCCGUUGAGACAUUAAAUGGUUCUCCAUUUUAUGAUGCUGAUGGUGAUCAUGAUCAAGUAUGUGGAUAUGAUGGAAAUGAGGAUUUGGUUUCAUUAGGGAAGCAUGAGGAUGGCAAUGUCGAAGUUGGCCCCGAUGUAACCUCCCAUCUCACACCAAUCACCAUGGAACAAAAAAAUAGUGCAGAUGAUGAUCGCAAUGGUGUAAACACAGAAAGUGAGGAAACUAUUUUACUGCAGGAGUUGAGCGGGCUCAAAGUUGGAUCUGAUCAGGGUUCACAUGUUUCAUCAACCACUUCAAAACAUGUUGUUGGUUGUACCAAUGGCACUGUGAGUGGCAAUCAGUUGGCUGGUUCAGAAGAUUUUAAUUGUCCAAGUGCUUAUGAUUUGAAUAUGGUUGUCCAUGAAGAAAGCCGUCAAAAACAAUCACGGUUAGAUGUUAAUCAAUCGGAGGUAGAGAAUUUUGUGGUUAAGGUGGCUCCAUCACCCAUCCAAGAGUGCGAACCAGAUGCUCCAGAAGGCAGCUUUCAAUUAGCAGUUAUAAAUGGUGAUCACGAGAAACCAGAAUCAAGUGGUACUUUCAAUGAUGCUUCCACGAAAGAUAUCUCUUCUGGUGAAAUGGUUGAUUUUGAGGAUGAGCCUACCUUGAACACUGUGGUUACUCGAUCUGGGCAAGUUUGUAGAAUUGAUCUGCUUGAGGAUAUCAUUGAAGAUGCAAGAAAUAACAAGAAAAUCUUGUUUUUGGAGAUGGAGUCAAUUAUCAGCUUGAUGAGAGAAGUGGAACUUCAAGAGAAAGCUGCAGAAGAAGCCAAGGAGGAAGCUGUUAGGGGGGGCUUGGAUAUUCUCACCAGGAUGGAGGACCUCAAAAAAAUGCUGCAACAUGCAAAGGAAGCAAAUGACAUGCAUGCGGGAGAAGUAUAUGGAGAGAAGGCCAUCCUAGCUACUGAAGUGAGGGAACUUCAAUCUCGCUUGCUUAGCUUGUCAGAUGAAAGGGAUAAAUCUCUUGCAGUUCUUGAUGAGAUGCGUCAAACUCUAGAGGAAAGAUUGGAUGCAGCAGAAAAAGUCAGGAAAGCAGCAGAGCAGGAGAAGAUGGAAAAGGAAGAUUCUGCAAGAAAUGCACUUGCUGAGCAAGAACUCAUCAUGGAGAAGGUGGUUCAAGAGUCAAAGGUAUUGAAGCAAGAAGCAGAGGAGAAUUCCAAGUUACAGGAGUUUCUCAUGGACCGUGGUCGUGUUGUUGAUAUGUUGCAAGGAGAGAUAUCUGUUAUCUGUCAGGAUGUGAAGUUGCUGAAAGAGAAGUUUGAUGACCGUGUUCCACUUAGCAAGUCUCUUUCCUCCAGCCAAACAAGCUGCAGAUUAGCUUCUUCAAGCUCAUCUGUGAAGAGCAUGGCACCUGAUCAGGUUGCUGAACAUGCUGAGUCAUCCAAGUCCCCCAAGAAAACAAGCUCAAUACCUUCUGAUUCAUCCGAGUCCCCAAAGAAAACCAGCCCAAUACCUUCUGUUGGCGACCAGCCUUCUGGUGGAGAGGAGAGAGCAGGAGAUGAUCGCAAGGCACUGGUGGAUGAUGGAUGGGAGUUCUUCGAUAACCGUGAUUUUUACAUGUGAAUGGCUCCAUAACUUCUAGAAGUUUGGACUCACGUUCAUUUGCUAAAUAAAUUUUUGACAAGUAGCCCAAAUUAUUUCACUAUACUGUGGUUCGUAAGUACGAAGGAAUCCCUAGAGGCUGCUUUGAUUGCAUAUAUAUAUAUAUUUCUAGAUUAAAUAUGUACAGGAUAGAAAUUUAAAUAAUAGUGGAAGUACUUUGUCGGCCUUAGCUUUUACUGCUCAAGGUUUUGUUCUCUACAGGUGAGUCAGGAUAAUAUAUUUGUGUUGGUCCAUCCAUGCUCUUCUCAGAGUAGCAGUGGAACUCUAGGGAUAGGAGGAUAGCUUGAUUCUAUAAAAUUUGGGUUCUCAUGUGUUGCAUGGAUUGGCUGACAAGAAUGCUGUGAAAAUAUAAUGUUCGGUAAGUUUCCUGUUUCAAGAGUCUCGAGUUUUUCAUCCUUGAGUUGCGGCUGUUUGAAGUGUAAUGGAUGAUUAUAGCCACCCUGAAAGGCUUUGAACUAGAAAUAUAUAUAUUGAUCUGUCUUUUGGUUUUGUUGUGUGAAAA